AUGUCGUUCCUUUCCUCCUCCGUUUCGUCCUCUCCCAUCGUCUCGUCUUUUGGGAAGUGGUCGUCGCGUGAGCGAGGCGUAAAGGAGGCGUUGUGCGGUUCGAGGAGGAAGAGAAGAUUACGAAGAACACCUUUAACGAGCGUUUCAAAGAUCUCUCGAGAAGAGGAGAAAAAGAAGGACACUAGUAAUACUAACAAUAAUAAGAACGAUUCAAGCAGCAUUGCUUUCGAGAAUAAUACUAUUCAGCAACAAGAACGAGGACUUUUACGAAAGAGUGGUGAGACUUUGAAACGAAGAACGCUUUUAAAAAGAGGAUCGGGCGGAAACGCGACGAUGAUUAAAGGGAACGUAUUGAACGUGUCGAGGCGGAUGACGAGCGUCGCGGCUUCUUCUUCUUCUUCUUCUUUGUCUUCUUCUUCUUCGAUUUCAAUGGACUUUUCUCGGGAGGAGGAAGAGGAAUUCGAUUCCAUCAAGAUUUUUAGCGUGAACGAUGUGUACGAGCUCGCCAACGUCUCGAAGCUGAAGGCGUUCGUGUAUAACAACACGAACCGGUUGAAAGAUCCGCACAUGGUGGUUCUGUGCGGCGAUUUCUUGUCGCCGUCGCUGUUGUCUUCGCUGGAUUCCGGUCGCGCGGCGGUGUCGGUGAUGAAUAAAGUUCCCGUGGAUUACGUGUGUUUAGGGAACCACGAGUUUGAUCACGGGACCGCGGCGUUAGGGGCGAGGUUAUCCGAGCUCAAUUCUGUGUGUUUGAACACGAACGUGGAAGUGAAAACGUGCGAAAACGCAGCAGAAGGCGAGGAUAAAGAGGAGUGCGAAUUCGACGGCGGCGUCGCGCAGUUUAUUUCGGAAACGCCAAAAUUCGAAGUGAUAACGAUUGGUGGAUUGAAAAUCGCUUUACUCGGGUUGUGCACGACGACGACGCCGCUGUCUGCCGCGAAGAAGCCGCAAGGCGUGCACUUUGCAAACUGCGCGGAGAAGACGUUGGCGACUUUAGAGGAAAUCGAUCGAUUGAAUAAAAAAGAGAAAAAAGACGACCCAAUCGACGUUACGAUUGCGUUGACGCACCAAACCUUGUCCGAGGACGACGAAUACAUCCGCAAAGUAGGCGAAGAUAAACUAGACUUGAUCUUAGGCGGGCACGAACACCAGCCGUUCAUCGGGUUAGUCGGCGACGACGAAGACGUGAGUAAAGACGCCAAGAAGGGCGUGUUGUGCGUCAAAGCCGGGAUGGACGCCGAGAACGUGGUCGUGGUUACGAUUAAAAGAAGUAAAAAGAAAACAGGAAAUAAUAAUAAUAAUAACAUGGGAGUGAAUACUUUCAGUGGUCCAGGGUCGAGGAAGAGUUUCAGCGGCGUGGCCCGAGCGAUGUCCACCAGCGCCGGCGAGUGGGACGGGAAAGUAUUGAAAAAAAAAGAAGACGAAGAAGACAGCAAGAAUAGUAACAACAAGAAUAAAAAUAACGGUAGUAGCAUCUCGAACGGUACUACGUAUGUAUCAUCAAAAAUAGAAGAAGAUAAAGAGUGCGACGAGGAGUGUCAAUCGUUGAAAUGGGAAAUCGACGCGAUUUCCGAUCCAAUUUCGGACGACUACCCAGGCUGGGACGCGGUGCCGAACGAGACGUUCGUCACCGUGGAAAGAUCUACCACCGGGUUGUCGUCGUCGUCGUCAUCAUCAUCAUCGGCUGCAAACUUGCAAAUCACCGCCGAGCUGAUCGAUUUGACGGAAUAUCCGCACACGGAUCCGGAAAUCGACGCGGAUAUUUACGAGCGGUCGAAAGUCUUGAGAGAGUUGCACGAGUUCAUCUUGCCCGUGCACAUCCACGCCGAGCGGUUGGCGUUGCACCCGUUGUCGUCAAAAGAUGCGAGGCAGCAACAGUGCACGUUAGGGACGUUAUUCGCGACGAUGUUGAGAGACGAACACGCGGCGAACGCGUGUUUGUACAACUCGGGAGGCAUGCGCGCGAACGCGACGUACGAUUUGAAACGACAAGCGUUUACGUACGGCGAUUUAGUCGCCGAGGUGCCGUUUGAAAACUCCAUCGUCAAGCUCGAAAUGACCGGUCGCGAAUUUGCGAGCGCGGUCGCGUUCAGCGAGCGCUCAAAAUCGGAACACGCGAGUUGGGGAGGCUAUUUACAGUGGGACAUCGGGUGUCAAACCGUCAUAAAUCCAUCCACCGGCCGAUGCGAAGUCACGCACAUCGCCAAAGAACCCAUAGACAUGAACAAAAUGUAUACGGUUGUCACUUGGGGUGGUUUGUUAGAAGGCACGGACGGUAUCCCCCAAUUCCAACGCGCCGGCGAACGAAUGGCUCGAGAACAUUUCGGAGAAGACGCCUUGAUCGAUUACGAUGAACUCAUGACCUCGGGAUUCUUCCACGAAGGCACGCCGUUCAAAACGCUCAUCAUCCGCCAUCUCUGUCGCUGGCGCUGGCGCGAACUCCAACAUAAAUGCGUGAGCUUUGAAAACUUAGACUACGACGAGGACGGCUUACUCUCCGCCUCGGACGUCGAAAAAGCUUUGCUCGAUUACACGGACUCAAAAUCCCCUCGCUUAGAGGCUGAAUCCAUGGUUCGCCUCUUCGAAUCCGGUUUACGAGAGGACAACGGCGGCGUCUCCAAGAGCUCCUUGGACGUCUGCUUAGAGCCGUUUUGGAAAUCGGAAACGUCUUUAAAGCUGGUCGAGUACGAGCAGUCCCAGCUCACCUCCGUGGACGAGAGCGACGGCGAGGGGUUGCCCUGGUGGAUCGCCGAACAAUUACAAUCGCAACAACAACAAUCGCAACAACAGGAAGACGAGUUUCAUCAUCGUCUUCAUCGACGGGGCGGCAAACAACAACAACAACAACAACAACAACGUUUAUAA